CUUCAGCCAGGCCAGGAAACGGUAGCCUGCUCCUGUCGCUGCGAAGUGGGAAUGCUCAGCGCGCAUCCGAAACUUUUAAAGACAACAGCAUUACUCAAAGCAUACGCCGUGCGACAGUGGAGGCCUCUGGUGCGGAGCUGUGAUCGGUCGAUUACGCUGACCUCUGCCCCUGUUUAACUGAAGUGGAGAGAUGAAGUCUGACCUCCAGGGCGCGGCCGGCUCGGAGGGGCUCCUCCGCAGUGCCGGGCAGAGCCUGGAGAACCGGAUCCUGGCCCAGGCCUCGGCCAGCCUCGCGCCGGCCCUCUCCCCGAUCAGCGCCCUCUGCGCUGCUCCGUCGUGGGCCCGCCGGCUCUCCGCCCCGGCCCUCCAGUCCUCCCUCCUCUCCUCCACGAGCCCCUCCCUCCGUCUCUCCUCCUCCCUCCUCUCCCCCACUCUCCCCUCUUCCUCCACUCUCCUCUCCUCCCCCCUCCUCAGCACCCAGAACCGCCUCCUCCGGAGUGCCCCUCUCCCUGCCUCUCUGGUGCCCCCGGUGGGGCUCCUGCUGCCCCCGGAGGGGCUCCUGCUGCCCCAGCCCCAGCCCCUGGCCCAGGCCCAGGGCCCUGUUCUUGGGGACGAUGUCCCGGACGGAGGGAGAGGGGCUGAGGAGGAGAUGCUGGACUCAGAUACCGAUAUGGGGACCGAGCUCUGGAGUCGGGUCUCCACUGGGUCUGCCAGCCCUGUGGACUCCUCAGAGUGUCCCCUCUCCGAUGUUUACCUGUGUGAGGAAGAGGAGCAGGUGCCCAUGCUGGAGGGUGAAGAGUUUGGGGAGGUAGAGGCCGAGGAAAGCAGCGAGCAGGAGGAAGAACUGAAGGAUAAGAAGUACCUGCUGCUGAAUGAAGUGUGCUGUUCGCUGGUGAACAAGGAGACCAGCCCGGGGCAGGAGGGCUGGGAUAAAGAGGACAGUCAGUGGAUGAGAAUCAAGAGCCUGGCGGACCUCAUCUCUCAGAGCGACCCGGAGUUCCUCCUGAAGGUGGCAGUGUACACCAGACAGGAGCUGAACAUUCGCAUCACGGCAAACUUCCUGCUGGUUCUGGCUGCCCAUCUGCCGGCCACCAAGCCACACCUGCACAGGUACUUCGGCCCGGCUGUGCAGCUGCCCUCCGAUUGGCUGGAGGUGGCGAGGGUCUAUAGCACGUGUUUUGGUCACAGUCUGCCAUCCUGUCUGAAGAAGGCUCUGGUGAAGAAGUUUAAGCACUUCAGUCAAUACCAGCUGGCCAAAUACAACACCCGCAAACAGCGCUGCAAGCACAGCCGCGCCGCCACCAAGCCCAAAGCCACGAGAACCUCUGAUCGGAAGUGGUCUAAGUGGGCAAACUUCCUGGGCUCUGAUCCAGUCAUCCUGCAGAAAUACUUGAAGGCACAGAAGCGUGUUGUGGUGGAUAAGAAGGCGAGCGUGUUCAGUCUGAAGAAGAUGAUUCAGCGUCUGCACAUCCGGGACCCAGCAGAGCUUGUGAUGGCCAUACUGGGGAAAAGGUACCCGCGGGACGCACAGGCCUUCCUCCGCAGUGGGCUGGACGGGGUGUGGCAGAGUGAGAGGGCGGGGCAGCGCAUGAAGCUGGAGCAGCCUGACACCUGGGAGCGCAGCCUGAGUCACCACGGCAACCAUGCCCGCACCUGGGAGGGGCUUAUAGACAGGAAGGCCCUGCCGUUCAUGGCCAUGCUGAGGAACCUGAGGAACAUGAUCUCCCAGGGGAUCAGCGAGGCCCAUCACCGCCAGAUCCUGGCCCGGCUGACCAAUAAGGAGUCUGUGAUCCGGAGCAGACAGUUCCCCUUCCGAUUUCUGUCUGCCUACAAGGCUGUUCUGGAGCUCAGCAAAUCAGUGAAAAAGGUCCCCAGCUCAAAGGACAUCCUGCGGGGCAUUCUGAAGAAGGUUCCCAGGAGCAAGAGGUUUGUGAAGCUGGACUGGGAGACGGCGAGCCGCAAGAGACUGAGGGUGGCGAUGGGCGUGCCCUUCAUUGCCCGAAUAUUCCACAUGAAGAGGGCCCACCUGCAGAAAACCAGCCCCGAGCGCUGCACCGCGGAGGUCCUGGCUCGGUACCUGCAGGCUCUGGAGCAGGCCGUGCAGAUCUCCUGCAAGUACAACGUGCCCCCGCUGGCCGGCCGCACCCUGCUGCUGUGUAACAUGGACCUGGGCGAAAACGCGGAGUGGGGCGCCAAGCAGGACUUCUGCUGCCCGCCCGACCCAGAUGCCCAGCCCGGCUCUGACACGCUCACCCCCACCUUCCAGGAGGUGGGGCUGCUGCUGGCGAUGAUGAUUGGCCACUGCAGUGAGCAUUCCGAGCUGCUCCUCUGCAGCAGUUGGGGUUUCAAAGAGGCGGAGCUUAAAUCUGACGUCCUAUUGGAUAACGUGAGGCAUGUGAUGAAGACCCUGGAGACGAAUCGGAGCGACUUGGCACACUACCCACAGCUCCUCUCAAAACUGGUCACCAAGAAAGCCAAGGUGGACACGAUAAUCUAUUUUACUGGGUCCUAUAUCGACCAUAAGCUGUGGGAGAUCGUUGACAAGUACCGGAAGGACGUCAACCCUGAAGCCCUGGUCAUCAGAAUCCACAUCUCUCAAACCCAGGAUAUUUUUGUGGGCCACCUCCCGGACAUGGGCAGAAACUCUGUGGCUCUUCAUGGGUUCAGUGAGCAGAUCCUCCGAUUUAUAGGAGAAAGAGGCUCAACCAGGCUGCUGGAACACGUGGAGCGCAUUGAUAAGCUGCACAACAUCCCUCCACCAGAGGGAGCCAAAGAUGACAAAAACACUGCUGUCUGCUCCCUCCCUGCUACUCCAAAACUACGCUGGCGGUCGGUGCGCGUGUUCGUGUCCUCCACGUUUCGGGACAUGCAGGGGGAGAGGGACGUCCUGGUGCGCAGCGUGUUCCCGGAGCUGCGGCGGCGCGCGGCUCCACACUGCCUCCACCUGCAGGAGGUGGAACUGCGCUGGGGCAUCACCGAGGAGGAGGCCACCCGUGCCCUGGAGCUCUGCCUCGCCCACGUCUGCCGCAGCCAGCUGCUGCUCGCCAUCCUGGGAGAGAGAUACGGCCUGGUGCCCCCCUGCCCUGUGCUGCCCCCGCUGACCCAGUACUCAUGGGUUGACUCCGCCCCCGCAGGGCUGUCCGUCACAGAGAUGGAGAUCCGACAGUUCCAGGCACUUCACCCAGAUUCUGCUCAGAACCGCAUGCUCUUCUACUUCAGAACACCUCAGCUGCCAAGGUCUGUUCCGGUUACAUGGAGGAGUGAAUUUGCAUCAGAGUCAAAGGAUGCGGAGGCAAAGAUGACCGAUCUGAAGAGCACAAUCCUGCAAAGUGGGGCCAAAGUCACCCAGGAUUACCCCUGUGAGUGGGGCGGUGUCACUGAGGGGAAGCCGUAUGUUAAAGGCCUGGAGGAGUUUGGGAAGGCUGUGUUGGAUGACCUCUGGGGGGUGCUGCUGAAGAAUUUUGUUGAGGAAGUGGACCAGACGGAGUUGGAGUCAGAGGUCACGGAACAGGAACUGUACCACGACGCCCUCCAGCGGCAGUGUUCCGGCCGCGACAAGCUGAUCGCUGCGGUGGCGAAGAGCGUACGGGACGCCCAGCACAGACAGGGCGGGUCCAGGGGCGUGGUCCUGCUGGAGGGAGGUCCCGGACAGGGGAAGACUGUGUUCAUGGCUGCACUUGCUAAUGCACUGAGGAGCCCAGACAAAUCUCAGAAAGCGCUAGGCUGUGAUGUCAUUUCCUACAACACUGCUGCCAGCCAAUCGGCGAAGAGUGUGGAGCAGCUGCUGCGCUGCCUCGUCCAAUGGCUGAGGAGGAGGCUGGGAAAAGAAGACGAGACUCUUCCACCUACAUCUUAUAAAAAGCUGUUGGCAGAAUUCCACACAGAACUCAAUGCCCUGAGCAAGGCGCGGAAGGGCCAAUCACUGGCGCUGCUGAUCGAUGGGGCGGAGCUUGUGCAGGACGCUCGCGGGCAGCCGAGAUCUGAUUGGAUGCCGCAGGACCUCCCUCCGGGUGUAUCCUUGGUAUUGAGUGUCACCCCGAACUCGGCCCUCCGGCACACACUGGCCAAGAUGAAGGGUUCCUGUGUGUGUUCCUUGGGACCGCUUUCUAUGCUGGACAGAAAGGAGAUCGUUCAGAAGGAGCUCGCUAUGUUCGGGAAAAAGCUGAGCGACUCUGCGUUUAACAACCAGUUGCAGACGCUGAUGAUGAAGAAAGGGGCUGCCUGCCCGCUGUACCUCCACUUGGCCUGUGAGGAGCUGAGGAGCUUUGCUGUGUUUGAAAAGAUGAACCGGAGUCUUCAGACCCUCCCCCCGGCGGUCGAGCCGCUGGUUCAGCAGGUGCUGCUCAGACUGCAGUCUCAGCACAGGGGGCUGAACUGGGCCCUGUCAGCCCUCGCCGUCAGCCAACGCGGACUGAGGGAACGAGAUCUUUAUGCCAUACUGAGCAUGUGCAAUAAGCUCCCUGCAGCACUUGGGAGGAUGAAAUGGCAGGAAAUUUGGGAACUGGCCAGGAAGCCAAAGGAACGCAUCCCCAUGGCAACGUUCUCCCAGUUGUUCCGAAGUCUGCAGAGUGCGAUUGGUCAGCCCUACUCCCAAGGCCUGGAAGAUGUUCUCACUCUGAGCAAUCCUGAGGUGCGGUCUGCCUUUGAGAAGGUCUUCCUUUCUAGAGCUGAAGACGAGGCCGGAGCUCACUGCAUAUUGGCCGCGUACCUCUGGAGCCUGUGUGAUCCUCAGGGAAAGGACACGUACUUUCACUGUGAAGCCGACGCGCUCGUCGACCUGCCCUCUCACCUGAUGAGCAGCGACUCCCUGGGAGCAUUGCACUUCCUGCUGUCCAGUUUCCACUUCCUGUACGCGAAUGUUAGGCACGGACUCCUGCAUCACGUCCUGGAGACCUACAGCCAGCUUGAAUCGCGGUUUGUCGUCUUCGCCGGCCUCCCCCGCGUUGAGGAGUGCCGCGGCUUCCUGAGGCGCCACGCCGCCCUGCUCUCCCAUUGGCCGGCGCUGUUCCUGCAGCAGGCGCUCAACGAGCCGGACGGCAGCGCCCCUCACGCCUGGGCCCAGGGCAUUGUGGGAAACCGGCAGGCGGGCGGGGCCGGCGGCGUGAGCGUGAUGCGGUGGCUGAACAAGCCCGACCGCGUCGGCGCGGGGGACAGCGCUCUAGUCUCUUCGUACCUGUCCAAGCCCACCUGUGUGGCCGUGAGCCCGACGGACAGCGUGGCAGCAGUGGGCACUCAGAGCGGGACCCUGCACCUGGUCCACAGAGAGACCGGACAGGAAGUGAGGUCAUUGGUCAGCUGCUGUGAUGGCAUCUCUGCGUGUUGCUUCUUGGAGGAGGGUCUGCUGGCAUCCACCUCCUUUGAUGGACAGCUGGAAGUGUGGGAGAUAGACACUGGCUACAGGACUGUUCGUGUGGAUGCCCAUUCCAACAUGAUAACAGGAUGUGAUGUCAGUGCCGACAGGAAGCACCUGGCUACAGUCUCCCUGGAUUUCAAUCUAAAGGUCUGGUCUCCGAACGGAACCCUGGUCAGCACGGUGCCCCACCCGUGCCCUCUGAACUGUGUGACCUUCGACCCUGAGGGUCAUGUUCUGGCAGUGGGCGGCUGGGACGGGAGAGUUCAUCUGUGGAGCUGGCUCCGUGGAGAGACCCUGGGGACUCUUUCAGGGCAUCAGCAGUCGGUGCGCAGUCUCUCCUUCUCCCCCUCCUCCCCCCUCCUCUCCUCUGGCAGUCUGUCCGGGGAGGUGAGGCUGUGGGCAGUACCGGCCGCAUCCUGCGUGGGGUGCUAUCGGGCUCACCAGGGAUCUGCAGAAGCUCUCAACUUCAUACAGAACGGAGAGCUGCUGCUGAGUGCUGGCGAUGAUGGCUUGGUCCAGGUGUGGUCAGGUGGUCUCGGGCAGGAAGUGGCGGUGCUGAGAGACGACAAGAGUCAACCGGAUUCUGGUCCGGCCCCGUCUGCUGCUCUCUCUGUGGCUGUUUCUGGUCCCUACAUCGCCGUGGGUUACCAUCGUGGUCACUUGAAUCUAUUCAGCGUAGAGUCAGGAGAGAGACUGUGGAGCGGUCAGGCCGGUCUGGGCGUACACAGCCUGAUCUGGAUCCAGAAGCCCAAGGCGUCAGGGGCGGAGCCAAAAGGACAGGCUGAGACUGGGGCGGAGUCGGGGGAGGAGAUGGAGGUGGAGGCGGAGUCAGGGAAGGAGGCGGAGAUGGGGGCAGGAGAGGAGGCGGGGCCAGUGGCUCAGUCAGGAAAGGAGGGGGCGGGGUCAGGAGAGGAGGCGGAAUCAGUGUCUGAGUCAGGAGAGGAGGGGGCGGAAUCAGUGGCUGAGUCAGGAAAGGAGGGGGCGGGGUCAGGAGAGGAGGCGGAGUCAGGAGAGGAGUUCCUGGUCACAGGGGACACGCUCAUGGCGCUGUGGAGGACACUAGGGGAGGGGCAAUUGGAACAACAGGGCUAUUUUGGGGUUCAGCCGGGGCCCUUCCUCGCCCUGGCACAGUCUUCAACCCAUCUGGCCUCUGCAUCAGUGGCCUUCUCCAUUGGCCUGUGGUCGCUGCAGGACGUGAGCUCUAACCCCUGCAGCUUGCCCAGCCUGGUGACUGUGCUCAGAGGUCACCGUGGGUCUGUGACCUGCCUGUGCUUCAGCCCCACUGGGGGGCAGCUCCUCUCUGGAGGGAGGGAUGGGGCCCUCCUGCUGUGGCAGCUGCAGCCCCCCUACGUCUCUCAGGCCCUCCAGCACUCUCACAGAGACUGGAUCACUGGCUGUGCCUGGACUCCUGAGGACUCCACUGUGGUGAGCUGCUCCAGGGACGGCCGGGUGUGUGUCACUGACCUGAAGUCAGGUUGCACUGUCAGAGAGAUCGCCACCCCCCUCUCCCUCACCUCCCUGUGCUGCAAGGGGGAGCAUGUGAUUGGAGGAUCACGAGGAGGGGAGCUGUUGCUGUGGGAGUGGCAGUCAGGAGUGGAGGUCAGCAGGAUCCAAGCACACCGAGCCCCAGUCAUACAGUGCAGCAUCUUGCCCAACACAGACAAGGAGAACUUGGUGGUUGCCACGGCAUCCGAUGAUGGAACAGUGAAACUAUGGCGACCAUAUGACGUGCAUCACCACAGCACCGUGACGGGGCACAGCGGAGGGAUACGGGGCCUGGCCGCCGGGCGGGAAGGAGUCCCGGCCGUCCUCACCGUCUCCGACGACCGCUCGCUGAGGUCCUGCGGCGUUUCCAUGGCGACGGCGACGCCUCGGUGGGGGUCCCUCACCGCGCUGGUCUUCCGUCGCGGCGGCCAGCUGCUGAUGUCGGGGUUCUCCUCCGGCCGAGUCCAGGUGUGGAGCCACACCACCGCGCUCUGCUCCAAACAGGUGUCCGACUCCGCGGUAACGGCGCUGGCCUGUAUGCCCGACGGCCAGUUCGUCGUGGCCUGCGCUGACUGCUCUGUGACGGUGUGGAGACUGGAUUGGAACCCGGAGCAGCCCACCGCAAAGCUGCACAAGGAGUCGAGCUACGCGGUGGAGAUUCCGGUGAAGUUCUUGCACUUCUGCUCCAUCCUGCUGGGUGUGGGCGAUGACGGAAUGAUCUUCAAAAUCCCCAAGUCUGAGAACGACUACAACAACACAAUCUACAGCUGGUCCAAUGACGUGCGAGUCCUGGGGCUUAAGCCCAAUGAUAACAUCAGCACGUGGCUUCUGGGAGAGCAGAGGGGGGAGGUCCAGAUGGCCUUCGCUUUUUCCAUGGGUUCAGACACCAGUUUGAGCUCUUCCUUUGCCUGCACUGAGCUUUCUGUGGCAGAGGACAAAAGCCAGAUUGUCACGGACAAUAAACCCCCAAUCUCGGCUUUAACUAUGGACGGAGAGUUUGUGGUGUGCGGCGAUGACAAAGGAAACAUUUGGUUCAACCAGCCGCCAAACCUGUGUUCCUGGAGUAGAAAGAAACCGGCUCACAGUGGCCGGGUCAGUGCGUUGAGAUUGACAGAAAGCACCAUCAUCUCUGCCUCCUAUGACCGGAGUGUGAAACUGUGGGACCGUCAGAGCAAGAGACAGGUGGGGGUGUUUGUGUGCCGGGGGCCUGUUCUCACUCUGGAGCUGAACCCUCAGCGCCCCGCUGAGCUGGUGUGUGGGGACAGCCAGGGGGGACUCUACUUCCUGUCCUGGAGAGACUGACCUACCACAUGCACGCACACGCGUACACACACACACACACACACCCAUGCACGCACACGCGUACACACACACACACAUACCCAUGCACGCACACACGUACACACACACACACACACACACACACACACACACACACACACCCACAUACCCAUGCACGCACACGCAUACACACACACACACACACACACACACACACACACAUACCCAUGCAGGCACACACAGACACACACACACACACACAUACCCAUGCACGCACACGCGUACACACACACACACACACAUACCCAUGCACGCACACACAGACACACACACACACACACACACCCAUGCACGCACACACAGACACACAAACUAAUGCAGUAUCUGGUAUUAUCAUAUAUUAAUAUCCAUGUACUGUAUGUAGCCACUAAAUUACACGCUCAUAUACCAAAGAAUCGAUAAUAUGCUAAGAUGUCAUGCAUAAUAAGAUCUUUGUUUCAUAUCUCCUAGUAUAAAGUGUAGCUUAAAAAAGGAAUUAUGGUUUUUAUUGUAAUCAAAAUGUGAUGUAAUCAAAAUGUGGUUCCUACAUAAUUGGGAUAUUGGGAAGGUGGUGCCACUGGGCAUGAAAUGAGAACUGAAGGGAAGUAGGGUAUGUUGAAAAGCAAAGCGGGAAUGCACAGUGGGUCUUUACCGUUUGGGUUAAAUAAAUAAUGCCAAAUAAAGCGUUUGUAAAGAGA